AUGUGUAUACUAUUCAUCAACUCCUCUCCUAUUCAUGAGAUUAAACUGAUAAUAGCUUUUAACCGAGAUGAAGUGAAGACUCGACCUACACUUCCAGCGCACUUUUGGACUGAUCAGCACUGCUACGGAGGGAAGGAUGCGUCUCCAGGUGGUGUUGCAGAUGGGACCUGGCUGGGUGUAUCCAAGUCUGGCAAAGUGUCAGCGCUACUUAACGUUCAUAACAAGGGUAAAGGGAUACUGUUCAGUUCAGAUAGGUCUCCAAGAGGAGGGCUAGUUCCGGGGUUUCUUAAAUCUGAAGAUUCUGCAGAGAAAUAUGUCGAGACAAUUAAAGAAGGCAAAUAUAAUUACUUUAAUUUAUUUAUGGGCGAAUUUAAAAGCUCAACUCCCUGUCUUUACGUUUAUGAUUUCUUCCAGAACAUCUUAACAACCCUACCUCCCGGAGAACAUUGUUUUGGAAAUCUGCCUCCUGACCACUUCAACAGUAGAGCUCAGUUUGGUAGGGAGAUCUUCUCUUCUCUUUUGGAGACAUUCUCUCAGCAGCAGUUUCCUGACUUACCGUCACGUGACAAGUAUUUGGUUGACCAACUAUUUUUAAUGUUGAGUGAUAAAACAGAGAUCCCUGUGGAAGGAGGUCUCACUGGAUCGUUCAGACAUGUUUUCAACGAGGGCUACCCAGUGCUAAACGGCAACAUCGAAUCUGGAAGUGUAUCGAGUACAGUGUUUAUUGUUGAUAAGAUGAAUAAUUGCCACUUUUCCGAGAGAACUAACUUCAAAUCGAUAGGAUGUGAUGACGAAUUUGUUAAUUUUGAUUGGGUUGUUGACUAG